CUAUACUUUGAAUUUCGCGAAAAUAAAUGUGGAGGCGCUGGAACUAGUAUGGCUUUACCAGUGAUCUUACAAUUGGUCUUAAACGCAUAAACAAUUAUAAAACAUUUGAUACAGUACGAAAUAUUGUACUCGAUAUAUAACAAUGGGCAUUAUAAAUGACAAACCAAGUCAAACCGUAAAUGCAGGACCAAAAUCUGACAAACCAUUGAAACCUUGUUGUGCUUGUCCUGAGACAAAGAAAGCAAGGGAUGAUUGCAUUAUCCUCAAAGGUGAAGAAAACUGUAGAGAUUUAAUAGAAGCGCAUAAAACUUGCAUGAGAUCACUAGGAUUUAAUAUAUGAAUGUAAAUUAUCUGUACAUUAUUAAUUAUUAUGUAACAAAAAUGAAGUAAAUAUUUACUUUGUUUAAUUAAUUUAGUAUUUCUUAAAACAAUAUUAAUGUAUUAAGUAUUUACUUUAGAAUUAAACAAAUUAUUUU